GCGCUACAUUGGCGCCUCAGUCAGUGCAAAACGAAGCGCUGAUGUUGUUAGUUGUGCGAGCUUUAUACACCGGUUUAUCACAAUAUUCCCGCAUUUCCAACGCAGCGUUUAGCGAUUUUUGACGCAAAAUUCAAAAGUAGGUCAGUAAUUUUCCAACUUUAACUGAGAACUAAGCCAAGGACAUUCGGAACAAAAAGGCGACUGCAGUGUGAGACUAUGGGCGUGGCAUCGAUGAGCAACGGGAUGCUGGCACUGCCCAUCCUUGCCGUGGUAUUCCUUGCCGGCUGCAUUCUCCAUGUGGAUGCAUACUCCAAGUAUGGCCGUGGAUGCGGUGACAUCGGCUGCCUGCCCACCGAGGAGUGCAUCAUAACCAGCGAUUCGUGCAGCUAUAAUCAGAGGGACGGCAAGGACUGUGGCAGUUAUCCUACCUGCAAGAGGCGAUCCGGAGGCGGCGGAGGAUCCGUCAACAGCAGCCCCAAUCAGGCAGCAGCUCCGUCGGCCAAUCCGUCAGAGGUGAGCCAUAACGCAUACGCCCCGAAUGCCCCCAGUGCCCCGCAGAUGCCAGAUGCGGAUGCGGGCAGCCAUCCGAACGGGAAUGGCGGAUACGGUGGUGGCUUCUCGGCUGGCGGCCACUCCCUGUAUCCCAGUUUACCGAACAGCGGCGGUGGAAUGGGUGGAAAUGCUGCUGGCGGCUACAAUCCCUACGGUGGUGGUGGUGGUGGCGGUGGCGGUGCCAACGGCGGCUACAAUCCCUACAACAGUGGCUAUCAACCUGGACCUGGUGGCUAUCAACCCGCUCCUGGCGGUUACCAGCCCGCUCCGGGCGGCUAUCAACCGCGUCCUGGCUACACACCGCCUGCCCCCGGCUAUGAGAACAACGGCGGUGGCGGUGGCGGUGGCGACCAGAAGCCAAAGGACAAGAACGGUGGCUUCUUCUCCAACUUCUUCUCGAAUCCGGCGGUGAGUCAAGCGGUCUCCGGUAUCAUUGCAGGCCAGAUAGCCAAGCAGCUGCAGGGAGGCGGAGCAAACGGCGGAAAUAAUGGAGGAGGAGCUGCCUAUCAGCCCAGCGGUGGCUAUGGCGGCGGAUCUCCAGCUGGUUCCGGCGGCGGCGGCUCCUCAGGCAGCAACAUACUGGGCGGUCUGCUCGGUUCCGUUCUGGCCGGCGGUGGAGGCAAUGCAGGAGGCGGCGGCGGUGGCGGAGCUGGCAGCUUCCUGGGCAGUCUGCUCAGCGGUGGCAAUACCAAUCGAGGUGGAGCCAUGGGCGGAGGCGGCGGCGGCGGUGGCGGUGGCCUGGGCGACAUCUUCAGCUCCAAGAACUUUGGCGGUCUCUUCAGCGAGAAUCCCUCGUCCAGGGGCGGCUCCUCCGAUGGCUAUUCCUCCGGCAAUGGCGGGGCCAAGAGUUAUCCCACCCAGGCGCCGGGUAACUACUAUGGUUAAGGCCCAAGGAUACCAAUCAUCAUAAUCUUUCCCAGGGGAUUCCACCCCCCUCCCCCCCUCAUUUUGUUCUUUGGCAAACGUAAUCAAAUGGAGAACUUUCAAAGCAAAUAAAUUUAACUGAAACAAUAUUGAAAUAUAUAAGCAUAUUAUACGUAACUAUUAACGAAGAUUAUACAAAUACACAAUACAACAUAUAUACCCGAUUCUUGAGAGAGAUGUGUAGAAAACAGCAAAUCCCCAUUCGGAGUUCAUUUGUAAAUAGAAAAGUAUCUGAAAUUGAAAUUGAACAAAAUAAUAACAAAAUAUACGUAAGAAUUGAAAGCCA